AUGGACGAUGCUCUUAACGUGCUAAUCCGGAACGAGCAAUAUACCUUUGCGACUGAUAUGUCUCUGAUUCGUAAGGGAUCGGAAAUAUCCAGCUCCAGCAAACAAAGGUCAUUGAACCCUUACAUAGAUUGUAACGACAUAUUGCGAGUCAGAGGUCGUAUUGGUCACGCUGACCUUCCAGAAGAGCGACGUUUUCCGAUAAUUUUACCGAAGCAUGGGCGUUUGGUACACUUACUCAUCCGACACGCACAUGAAACCACGCUUCAUGGUGGGGCGCAAAUCACUCUUCAAACUCUUCGCGCACGGUACUGGAUAUUGAACGGAAGGCAAGCAGUCCGAAGCUUUGUGCAGACUUGUGUUAUCUGCCGACGACAUCGAGGCGUAACGUUAUCUCAGCAGAUGGCAUCCUUACCCAGGCAUCGCAUUACUGCAGCACGGCCAUUUAUAUCUUCAGGCGUCGACUAUUGCGGGCCUUUUACAGUGCGCAUCGGCACAAAAAGGUCGCGUACAACGAUCAAAACAUAUCUAGCUGUUUUUGUUUGCAUGGCGACCAAGGCCGUGCAUAUUGAAGUUGUUGAUGAUCUUUCAUCACCCGCAUUCUUAGAUGCAUUUACGCGAUUUAUAAGUAGACGAAGUCCAUGUCGAGAUCUCUAUAGUGACAACGGUACUACGUUCACAGGUGCUAACCGUUUGCUUAAAGAAGACUUGGCUGCUUGGCAGAACGACAACAACCAACAAAGUUUGGUGAAUCUCGGUACUCAUUGGCACUUUAUCGCUCCCAGCGCUCCUCAUCAAGGUGGACUCUGGGAGGCUGCGGUAAAAUCUGCCAAAUAUCAUUUGGUGCGCCUCGUUGGAGCGUAG